GUGGAAGAGUGGCCGCGAGGGUGUGUGAAUCUGGAGCCGCAGACGAUGUUUUCCCGCGGAACGCUCGAGGUCACGCCGUCCGACGAGGCAACGACAGUUAUGGUAGUGCAAGUGAUUGUGAACAGCAGUGGAACAGAAGACGACUGGAUACACAACGCGACAGUCUUUAGUGCCUUCCAAGGAUGGCUCCUGUUUCUGCUGAUUCUUCUGAGCACGACGUCCCCGCCCUGGCGGGGGGCGAUGGUGGGGGCGGGGGCGACGGCGACGACCGCCCCGGGCGGCGCCCCGCCCCCUGCACCCACGUCCACGCCCACGCCCACGCCCGCGCCCACGCCCACGCCCACGCCCGAGCCCACGCUCUCCCCGGAGGUGGCGGCCUUCAUGGCCGAGAUCUUCAAGUUGGUCACGUGCAGGAACACCAAGUGCACCGCUGACAACACCCUGCCCCCCACGCACAGAGUGGCGCCCCGCUGCCAGUGCGACGCCGAGUGCAACCUGCUGGGCGAGUGCUGCCCGCAGAUCGCGCCCUCGCGUGCGUUCUGGAAGCAGCCCGAGGCCGCCGUGCGGGGCGUGCCGCGCCGCCACUGGGGCUGCACCCUCUUCCACUACAACGCCACCACCAACGUGACUCUCUCCAUGGUGACGAGCUGCCCGGAGGGCCACGUGCUGGGCCAGCUGUGCGCCCGCCGGGCGUCGCCGGGCCUCUACGACUACAAGCUGGACCUGCCCGUGCUGAGCGGGGCGACCGGCGCCUGGUUCCAGAACGUGUACUGCGCCGUGUGCCACGGCUUCGAAACCACCGUCCGCAAGCAGUACCUCUCGUUCAAGUGCGCCGCGCCGAACGGCACCCAGCUCCUGCCGGUGACGGGGGUGGGCGUGGCGCCCAGCCCGCUCUACACCGCCCCCGCCCCCACCCCCACCCCCAGCAGCGGCGGCGGAGGGGAGAGGAACGUGGCUAGGCGCAGCGCGCCCUCCACCUUCGAUAACGCUGUCGAUACGGACGGCAGCUACGAGACGGAGUACAACGUUGCCCGGAAAGACAACGCCACCCAUGAUGACCGCAAUUACGCCUACGUGUUCGAGAUUCUCCAAGGAGGCACGUAUCAACCGGGGAAGCUGAAGUGGGUUACGCAGGACGGAGGGUACUGCCACCUGUACCCCGAGUUGCCGCCGCCGUCGACGGGGCAGGACGCCGUCCCGUGGGAGCGGCCCUGCAUCCAGCUCGUGGACCGCUGCUCCGAGGACUGGGCGGGCGACAAGGAGGUGGCGGAUCUGUGCGCGUCGUACGCCUACCACGUCGUGGGCUCCAAGACGUACAAGAACCCGCACUGCGCCGUCUGCAACAACGACACGGCGCCGCUGCGCUGCCGCAACACCGUGCUCCCGCGCCGCCACAACGCCGGCGCCCACAAGCCCGUCUCGCUGCGCCUCAUCAUGGACUACGAGUGGGACCCCGGCCGCGACGGCUGCAUCUCCCGCGGCGGCGUCUGGGACGCGCUGCACAGCCGCUGCCAGUCGCUCGACGACGUCUGCCCGCGCGGCUCCAGGUAC